AAUAUGGCAGGAUGUAUGAAAAAAGCAAAGGUUUCAAUCGGCAAAGAUGUCGUGCUACUUCACCAACUGGAGAGAGGCGUAUUCACGCCGAGCAACUCACCAUUCCCUUUAAAAUUAGAAACCUAUUUACGCAUGGCCAACAUCUCUUACGAGAACGAUUUUAAAGACCCGAUGGGACCUAAAGGCAAAACACCUUGGAUGACACUGAACGGACAAGAUUUUAGCGAUUCACAACUUUGUUUGGAAUUGCUGGCCACGAAAUUUAGCAAAGAUUUCAGCUCCCAUUUAACAGACGAGGAACGGGCCAUCGGACGGGCAUUUCAAAUCAUGGCUGAAGAGCAUCUCUACUGGGUCGUUGUUCUGUGGAGAUGGGUGUACACCAAAGGUAAAACGCUGCCGAACAUUCAAAUGAAUUUACCUGCAUUGUUGCGUUACGUCAUGCCUAUCGCCGUGAGAAUAAUGAAAGGUCAAGCAUCGGCCCAGGGCCUGGGCAGGCACAGCGAACAAGAAGUCAUUGAAAUGGGCAUGAAAGAUUUGCGGGCCAUCUCAGCCUAUCUUGGGACUAAACCUUAUUUUAUGGGGGAUACACCAACUGAAAUGGAUUGCGCAAUGUUUGGAAUCCUGGCCCAGUUCGUUUGGGGCAUGCAAGGCUCACCGUUCGAACCGUACAUGAAAGAUGAACUCAUCAAUUUAAAGAACUUUUGCGAGAGAAUGAAAGAUAAAUUCUGGCCGGAUUGGGAUCAGUGUCUCCUACCUCCCCGAGUGUGACGCCAAUUAGAGUUUUGGAAAAAAUGUGUUCAUUAUAUUGGAAUUGAAAUAGAUGAUAAGUGCAAACGUU